ACGGGAAAGACGUCUGGUCUGGCUUCAGUCACAGGGAGCACCAUCAGGGAACAUCUCGGGCAGCCUGGGUGGAAGCAGCAGGCUUAGAGUGUGUCAGCUGCGGGUCUCUGGCUGCCCUGCCGGGAAGGCAUUGCCUUAACAUCCCUUGCACUUGACUGCAAAGAAAUCUGCUUGGAGGAAGGGGUUACGCUGUUUGGACUGGCAGAAACUCCGCUGAACAUAAGUUGCCAGAAUGCUCCUGCUGCUGCUGGGUAUCAUCGUCCUCCACGUCGCAGUGCUGGUGCUGCUGUUCGUCUCCACGAUCGUCAGCCAAUGGAUUGUGGGCAAUGGACAUGCUACCGAUCUCUGGCAGAACUGUAGCACCUCGUCCUCAGGAAAUGUCCACCACUGUUUUCCAUCAUCCGCAAACGAAUGGCUGCAGUCUGUCCAGGCCACCAUGAUCCUGUCCAUCAUUUUCAGCGUCCUGUCCCUGUUCGGGUUCUUCUGCCAGCUCUUCACUCUCACCAAGGGGGGCCGGUUUUACAUCACUGGAUUCUUCCAAAUCCUUGCUGGUCUGUGCGUGAUGAGCGCGGCGGCCAUCUACACAGUGAGGCACCCGGAAUGGCAUCUCAACUCUGACUACUCCUACGGCUUCGCCUACAUCCUGGCGUGGGUGGCCUUCCCCCUGACCCUUCUCAGUGGUGUCAUCUAUGUGAUCUUGCGGAAACGUGAAUGAGGCGCCCAGGCAGUGGUCUGAGGCUCUGAGCGUACCCAGGGAAGGGAGGAAGGAGACCCAAAAACAGAAAAAAGAGCUAGCCAAAAACCCAAACUCAAACCAAACCAAACAGAAAGCAGUUGUGGGGGGGGUUUGCUGUUGAUCGAAGAUGUAUAUAAUAUCUAUGGUUUAUAAAACCUAUUUAUAACACUUUUUACAUAUAUGUACAUAGUAUUGUUUGCUUUUCGUGUUGACCAUCAGCCUCGUGUUGAACCUUAAAGAAGUAGCUAAGGAACUUGAUAUCCUAACAGUAUAAUCAUGCUCAGUAUUUUGGUCUUGCUUUUUUGUUUUUAUUUUCUUUUGUUUGUUUUACCCAGAAACAAAAUAACUCUGCAUCUCACCCCCUCCCCUUUCAUUUAAAGAAGAUACCUCCCUCCCAGUCCACCUCAUUUAGAAAACCAAAGUGUGGGUAUAUACCCCAAAUGGCCAAAAGCCCUUGUAUUGUGUGGGUGACCCUGUGCAUUCACCAGAACCAUCUGCUGCCUAAACCUCUAUGUGAAGCCUUUCACUUGCAUGGACAAAAUGCCUGAACUUAGAGCCCUCGGCAAAAACAUGGCUUGUGGCUUUGGAAUACUUGCCCUUGCAGGUGGAGUAUCUCGGUCACACAUCAAAUGAGAAAUCAGUGACAACAAAAUUGUGAAAUGGUGCUAUGGAUAUACCAUUCCAUGUUAUCACUAAUCAUCUAAAUGACUCACUGGAAAUUCAAUUAACAAAUUAGAAUGGAGACCUGAAUAAUUCUGUGUCAUAUAAAUGGUUUAUAACCGCUUUUGUACCUAGCUAGGCUGCUAUUAUUACUAUAAUGAGUAAAUCAUAAAGCCCUCAUCACUCCCGCAUUUUUUUCUUACGGUCAGAGCAUCAGGACAAGUGUCUAGACCCCUCGGGACUGUGAGUUCCCAGAGCUCGGCUGGGUCUAGGCUGUUCUAUGCCUCCAAGGACUGUCUGGCAAUGACUCUUAUUGGCCACCAACUGUAGAUGUAUAUACGGUGCCCUUCUGAUGCUAAGACUCCAGACCUUUUGUUUUUGCUUUGCUUUUUCUGAUUUUAUACCAACUGUGUGGACUAAGAUGCAUUAAAAUAAACAUCACAGUAACUCA